AUGGCUGGGGGAGCUCAUUUUGCUUUAAAGGGGAAGAAGCCCUCAGGGGCCCCCCAUAUAAAAGGCAGCCGUAGGGGCCCCUGGAGGCCCCUGGGGGCCCCUAAGGAAAGUCGGAGUGUUGAAAAGCCUGGUGCUGCAGCGCAGCAGAAGCAGCAGCAGCAGCAGCAGCAGAGGCACAACAAAGGGAAGAAGAGAGAGGAGCAGCACGACAUCAACAGCAGCAGCACCAGCAGCGGCAGCAGCAGCAGCGGGGAUGAGGAGGCCUUUCCUACCGAUUCGAAAGCAGCAGCAGGAGCAGCAGCAGCAGCAACAGCAGCAGGUCGAGGGAGAGCCGCAGCGGACAGCAGCGACAGCGACAGCAGCAGCAGCAGCAACGUCUCUUCUGCUGACAGCAGCGAGGAGCUGCGCUGCAGCAGCGACAGCGAUAUUGAGAGCGAAGACGCAGGCGUUUAUGAAGAGGGUGUAGCAGAGGGGCCCCCGGGGGCCCCCACAGACAAUUUAAAGGAGGCCCUAGGGGUUCAGCUGGGGAGUAAGGAUAAAGACUUCUUAGACUUCGUGUUAUCUGCUUCUGCUGCAGGAGAAGAUGAUGCAGCAAGCAGCAGCAGCAGCAGGAACGGCAGCAGCAGCGGCGAAGAGGCAGCCUCAGAAGAAGCAGACAGUGGAGACGAGACGGAGACAGAGCAGCAGCAGCAGCAGCAGCAGCAAAAAGAACAGCAGCAAACCAAAAGGCUACUCACUCAGGAGCGCUUCCUAAGCCUUUGUAAGGCUGUGGGGUUUGACCCUCUAGCAGCAGACAAGCAGGAGCAGCAGCAGCAGCAGCAGUUGGAGAGCCUUAGAGGGGCUAAGUUGCUGCUGGAGGCGCUGCACUCUGCAGUGCUGCAGCUGGCGCCGAAGCAGCAGCAAGCCACAGCAGCUGGAGCAGCAGCAGCAGCAGCAGCAGCUAGUGCAGGCGAGCGCAGCAAAUUCAAGCUCGCCAAGCGGUAUGGUGACGACGAGGAGGGUUUGCUGCUGCUGCAGCAGCGCAACAAGGCUGCCUUGCGGCAGCAGCAGCAGCAGCAGCAGCAGCAGCAGCGGCAGCAGCAGCAGCAGCGCAAGGGGGGCAUGUUUGUGCUGCCCGAUACAGACACUUGUGUCUUCAUAAUUUUAUGCGUAGUUAGAAAAGCAGAUUUGCUGUUCACAGGCCUCUCUUCUCGCGGCUCCAAGCCAGCAGCAGCAGCAGCAGCAGCAAACGCAGCAGCAGCAGCAGCAGCAGCUCAGGCGACCACCGGUCGCAUGCGUUUUCUGUUGAAGAGCUUUUGGGGGGACGUUACUCAUUUGCUGCUGACGUCGCGGCAAUCAGCAGCAGAUGCUGCUGCUGCUAGCAGCAAAAGCCUCGUGCUGCAGUUGCUGCUCGCCCUUAGCAGCAAACAGCUGCUGCAGUGGUUGCUGCCGCUCGAAGCAGCAACACGCCGCUUGCUGCAGAUUGUCUGCCGCUGCUGGGCCUUCUCUAAGCAGCCACAGCAGCAGCUUGCUGCCUUUGCAGUGCUGCGCAGUAUGUUGCUGCUGCAGCAGCAGCAGCAGCAACCAACCGCAGCAGCAACUCAUGGGGCUUCAAAGGGGCCUCGCGGCUCCAGCUCUUCAGCAGCAGCAGCAGCUGCUGCUGCUGCAGAGCUCAAGGAGCAGCAGCUGCUGCAGCAAGUGCUGCGAUCUUAUCAAAGAGCUGCUGCUCGUCUAGGGGCCCGCAGAACUUGGCGAGCAGCAAACCGCAUGCAGCUGCUGCUAAACGAAAUGAAAGAGCUGCUGACUUUUGCUGCUGCUGCUACUGCCUACAGACUCGCCUACCAAUCCAUCAGAGAGUUGGCUUUGACGGUGCGGAGUGCGGUUGCUGCUGGGGGUGCUGCUUCUGGAGGAGGAGGAGCAGCAGGAAGCAACAGCAGCAGCAGCAGCAGCAAGAAGAAGGAAGGGUCUCGGAGCAAGGCAGCAUACAAGAAGAAACAUCAGCAGCAGCAAGCGCAUGCAUUGCUUUGCUGCUGGUCCUUUGUACAGAGCUGCUGCCUCUGGGCUGAAGCCCUAAGCCUUCACUCUGGGCGUCUGAAGCCUCUGCUGCUGCCGCUAGUAUCUGUUGCUGCUGCUGCAGUGAAGCUGCAGCAGCAGCAGCUAUCACACGCUCCCUUCUGUCUUAACUUGCUGGCAGCUACAGCCAGAGCUGGCGCUGCAGCAGAUGCUCUCGUUCCUGUUGCUGCACCCCUACUCGCCGUGCUGCUGCUUCUGCUGCAGCAGCAUGCUGCUGUCUGCAGGCGCAGCAGCAGAAUAGCUGCUGCGCCUGCGGGACCAGCAGCAGCAGCAGCAACUGCAGCACAAUCUAAAAAGAGGAAGAGAGAAGCAGCAAAAACAAAUACGCCGACCUCAGAGCCACUGAGGCUGCAGCAAGCUGCUGCAGCACAUGCAGAGACAUGCCUCAAGAUAGAUCAGGCGCAGCAAAUGUCUAUCCACGUGCUGGAGUCUCUGUUAGACUUUGGUGUUUGCAUCUUUGCUGCUCACUUAGCGCAGCUUGCUGCGCACCCGGCGCUGCCGGAGUUGCUGCUGCCGAUUUUGGCCUCAGUGAAGCAAAUCACCAGAAAAAAUGCUGUAGGGCCCCUGGCUGCUGCUGCUGCUGCUGCUGCUGCUGCUGCUGCUGCUGCUGGUGUUGCUGGUGGUGGUGGUGCGGCUAUUGCUGCUGCUGCUGCUGCUGAUGUUGUCGCUGCUGCUGAUGGUGCUGCUACUGCUAUUGCUGCUGUUGCUGGAGUUGCUGAUGCUGCUGCUAUUGGUGCUGCUGCUGAUGCUGCUGAUGAUGAUGUGGCUGCUGCUGGUGUUGCUGCUGCUGAUGCUGCUGCUUCUGGUGUUGCUGCUGCUGCUGGGCAGUGUGUGCAUUGUGCUGUGUGUGGGUUAUAUGUGUUGCUGCUGCGUUUGCUGCAGCCCUUCGGUGCAACAAAGAAGCUGCAGCAGCUCUGUGCAGCAGCAGCAGCAAGCGGGGAGACAGUGAAGCGGCUGCGGCUGUCUCUAAAGGAUAUGCCCAUAGGACGGGUAGCAGUGCUGCCAGUGCAGCAGCACAGGCAGCAGCUGCCGCUGCUAGAUCUCUCGGAGAAAUUCUUAAAGGAAAGACAACGCGCAGCAGCUGACGGCAUUAAAGACGAAGCAGCAGCAGCAGAACACCGCAAAAAGAAAGCAAUCGAGGAGACGCUUACACCGAAGCAGCUGAAGAGAAGGAGACAGAAAGAGCAGAAGAGAGCUGCGCUGCAGCAGGAGCAGCAGGAGCAGCAGGAGAAGCAGCAGCGGCAGCAGCAGCAGCAUCAUUCUAACAGCCCCAACAAGAAGAGAAAAGAACAAGACAGCAAAAGAACUUCAGUGCAGCAAGACGCUGCUGCAGAGGAUGCUCUUGAGGAGUUUGAUAGCGAUUUCAGUGAAGUAUAA